AUGAAAAUACAGGUCCUUGCAAUACCAAAUCAUCUUUAUAUGGUGCACUAUUUCACACACAAAUUGCUUUUAUUCGGCAAAUUCACCAUGGCUGUCGAUCCGGUCGGAAAAUGUUUACUUUUCAUUAUGGCUAUUCUCUUACCUCCAGUUGCCGUGUACCUAGCUCGAGGCAAAAUCUGCUCAUGUAUGGUUUGUAUCAAUGUUAUCUUGACGCUUCUUGGAUGGAUUCCUGGUGUGAUUCAUGCAUUCAUUGUAAUUUGCUGUUGUUCAGAUUAUCAGCCGGCUUAA